UAUCCCUGCCGGGGGAACACAGGCUCACUUGCCGCUGGCCAAUGAGAGACUGUCACAACUCUGGCAAUGAGAAGCCCCUACACUUCGAAUUCCCAGUUGAUUCCAGUGGACUGUUCAUAACAGCCCCUCCCAACGUUCCCCUUUCCUCCAUAAAGGACUGCGGCUGAGAGUUCAUUGAGUAGGAGAUCAGGCAUCCCACUAAGAACCUUCCCUGGAAAGAGGAACUAAAGGAUGGAAACUGAAAAUGAAAAGAUCUGCUUUGUUCUCCCUAAACUGCAGAUGAGCCAGACAGAUGUUUGUCUAGACGCAUGAAGAAGCACUACGGAUCGCAAUACUGGCUGCAUCCAUCUACAUUCCUUUCUUUCGGAAGAGAUGAUCCUGGCUUCCCCGUUGGUCUUCUUCACCAGCAUCUGGAUUGCACUGAUGCCGGAUAAUUGUGCUGCUUCUGAAAUCACGAAGUCCCACCCGCAGUGCUCCUCUUCAGUGAAUAGAUCCCGGGAUAACAAACAAGAAGCCAGAAUGAGGAAAGAUGACAGUACCAAAGCAUGGCUCCUGCAAUACGAGCAACUUCUCCAUAUAGAGGAACACGACUUUGCAAUGAGACCUGGAUUUGGAGGGUCUCCAGUGCCAGUAGGUAUAGAUGUCCAGAUUGAAAGCAUUGACAGCAUUUCAGAGGUUAACAUGGACUUUACAAUGACUUUUUAUCUCAGACAUUACUGGAAAGAUGAGAGGCUCUCCUUUCCUAGCACAACAAACAAAAGCAUGACGUUUGAUCAUAGAUUGAUCAAAAAGAUUUGGGUGCCUGACAUCUUUUUUGUCCACUCUAAAAGAUCCUUCAUUCAUGAUACAACUGUGGAGAACAUAAUGCUGCGCAUAUACCCUGAUGGAAAUGUCCUCUUCAGUCUCAGGGUAACUGUGUCAGCCAUGUGCCUUAUGGAUUUCAGCAGGUUUCCUCUUGACACUCAAAGCUGUUCCCUUGAACUGGAAAGCUAUGCCUACAAUGAAGAGGAUCUAAUGCUGUACUGGAAACAGGGAAACAGGUCCCUAAAUACUGAUGAGCAUAUUUCCCUGUCUCAGUUCUUCAUUGAGGACUUCAGUGCAUCCAGUGGAUUCGCUUUCUACAGCAGCACAGGUUGGUACAAUAGGCUUUUCAUCAACUUUGUGCUAAGGAGGCAUAUUUUCUUCUUCGUGCUGCAAACCUAUUUCCCAGCUAUGCUGAUGGUGAUGCUUUCGUGGGUUUCAUUUUGGAUUGACCAGAGAGCUGUUCCUGCAAGAGUUUCCCUGGGAAUCACGACAGUGCUGACCAUGUCCACCAUCAUCUCUGGCAUGAGCCCCUCCAUGCCCCAGGUGUCCUACAUCAAGGCCGUGGAUGUGUACCUGUGGGUCAGCUCCCUGUUUGUGUUCCUGUCAGUCAUUGAGUAUGCAGCUGUGAACUACCUCACCACCAUGGAAGAGCGGAAGCAUUCCAACAAGACAGGGAAGCCUUCUGGAAUGUAUAAUAUUGAUAGAGUUCAAGCCAUGGCCUUCGAUGGUUGUUACCAUGACAGCAAGACUGAAAUGGACCAGAUUUCCUUUUCUCUACACUCAGAAGAGGACGCCGUACAAGAAAGAUCCACAGACAGUCCCAGCACAAAUUCAUCUCAGAUAAAGAGAAGGCAAUCCUUAGGAGAGGAUGUUGGUAGAAUCAUUCUGGAGAAUAACCAUGUCAUCGACACAUAUUCAAGGAUUUUUUUCCCCAUUGUGUAUAUUAUAUUUAAUUUGUUUUACUGGGGCAUAUACGUGUGAGGAGAAAUUCCCAAUAUACAAUACUUAUUUGGGAACAGAUUAUGUUAAAAACAACAGCAGCAACAAACAACUCUUCACUAUCAGUUUGACAGUACUAGACUAAACUGGGAGUCAGCCAGUCAAGUCUCCUGGAUUACAAAAGAUUUGAAAGUUGACUGAUUUACAUCCAGGCAAGAGUUUAAGGUCCCAGAAGAAUUUGACUCCAUAUAUAAGAGUCACAGGCGUGCAUAUGACAGAAAAACAAUUUCCUUAAGGAAGGACUUUGUAACUACAUCUCCUAGAUCUUCCUUGCUUUAUAAAUAUAUAUUUGUAUUUACCUGAGGAAUAAAGCUAGGACAAUAAUUUGAGAAACAUUUAUUCCUUAGUGCUAGUCAAGUACCAGAUUUCCUAACAGAGUUGAACCCUUGUAAGGAAGAACAUGAGCAUCAAAGCGGUUCUAUGGACACUCACACAACUGAGAUGCCCAUGAAGAACCUCCCUGUGCGUCUCCAACCAAGUCUUUUAUCUCAUUUCAGUAUUAUGUUUCAUAGAUUGUUGACUCCAAGAGCAGAAAAUCUAAACUUUGUUCCUAUCCUAAUAUUAAAUUAAUACAUCAAUCUUCAAUAAUAGGAUCUUGUAUUUUGUAGUUGAGUUAUAGUUUUAUAGCUUUGGGGAGGCAUUUAAUUAAUUAGUUACUAUAUUCACCAAAUAUUUAUUGCCUUCUUACCUGUGCCAGGCACUUUAUUAGGUGUUAUGUAGUUAAAAAAAAAAUACAAAAUGACGUUCCUGCUGUCAGUGAGUACACAGCCUAUCAGCAAUAGUGAACUGGUAGCUUUCAUAAAUAAUAAAUGCAAUAGCUGUAAAAGUAGAAGUUUAUACACUAUACUAUCUGAGUUCUGAAAAGCAGAUACCAAAAGAAGGAAAAGAACAUGCAUGAAGGGUUGGACUCUCAAUUUAUAAGCAGCUAAAAAUGUCUCCAGACAUGGCAUUGAGUGAAAAUUGGAUGAAAUUUAUGUAACCCACAGUAAUCCCAUAGUAACUUUGGUUGAACCAAAUAAAUCAGGUCUAGUGGGUAUUAAAUAAAUGUAUGUUAAGUAGAAAACCUCCAAUGAUCAGCAUUCAUUUUGUAGACUGGAAGUGUGCAUGGUUUUGUGUUAAGUAUUUUGUGAAAAAAUUCCAUUUAGAGAUCAGCCCUCAGUAGGAAGUAUGAAAUAGCCCCCUUCCUAUUUUGAUUUCUGGCAUUGAA